CAUAAAUAUAAAUAUCAUGGAUGUUUUAUGUAGUUUAGACAAAACAGAGAUUUUAUUGAUCAAAGGUUCCAGUUUUAAUCCAAAAAACACACAUUUAGAGUAAAAGAACUUAAUAAAACAAUAAAAAGUUUUAAGUUUUGGUUUAAAUUCUUGUUUUAAAAACUGCAUCAAACGAGAACAAUCAGAGUCCAAACAGCUGAGCUCAGGAUCAGAAGCUCGUUUGAAGGAUGAAGAACUUCUGAAGACGUCUGCAGGUCCAUUCACACCUGAGCGCAGAUGAAACGGACCCGGACGGACAUCAAAGGUUCUGCUCGGCUUCAACAAUCACGUUCACAUGUUAAAGGGCUCCAGUUUCUGAUCGAUCCGGACUCAGCAGCGGACUGCCAACAUGGACGGAACCAGAGUGUCGAACUUCAGCAUCGAGCGCAUCCUCUCCAAGCAGCUCUCCCCGGAGCCGCAUCUGCUCAGGCCUCCUGCGCCGGUGCCAGUGCCAGUCCCAGUGCCGGUGCCGGUUCUGGUGCCGGGCUGCCUGCCGUACCGAGCGGUGAGCUUUGGAGACGCGUUUUAUCCGUACGGAGCCGGUUUCCAUCGCUCAGACUUCACCGGGAUUUACGUGGGCUUCAGCCACGAACCUGCAGAUGUUCAGCCGGUGACGCUCUGCGGCGGCUUCCAGCAGGCCGGAGUCUCCGCGCCGCCGCUGCCGCGUCCGAAGGCCCGGACGAGGACGGUGUUCACCGACGGUCAGAUCAAGCAGCUCGAGGCGCUGUUCGAGCUCACCGACUACCCGACGGUGGAGGCGCGCGCCGAGGUGGCGAGGAACACCGGAGUGAGCGAGGAGACCGUCAGGGUUUGGUUUAAGAACCGCAGGGCCCGAAGGAAGAGGUCGAAGGUCAAAGCGCUUCCAGCAGAGAAGAUGUGAAGCUGACCUGACCAGCAGCACUUCAGCAGCUGCUGCGAUGCGUUCAGGUGCUGCAGAGCAAGUCCGACACCUGAGCCUUCACUCUGAUUGGUCUGAGAAAGUUUUCUGGUUUUAACAUGUUUUCUGUAUCGGUGUAUUUAUUGACAAUCAGCGAUGGUUUUAAACUCGCCUUUGAUCUUUUACAUUAUAAAUAAAG